AUGUCUUAUGAGGAUCAAGGUUGUUUGGCAUAAUUUGUCUUUGACAUCACGUUACUUAAGAAAUGACUUUUGAAGGUUUUGUAGAACUUGUCAAUGGGUUGUCGGGUUGCAGUAGCCAUAAGCGGAAGUCAGAAAUAGUUUCGAAUUUUGUUCACCAAGGCGUUAACGGUAACUACGAAUUUUGAAGUAAUAUUUAUUAUCUAGGUUCCUUACACAAUGAAACUGCUCUUGUUUUAAAACUGUUACUUCCUGCGAUAUCGUCUAGAAUUUAUAACAUAAAAGACAAGCAGUUGGUGAAUUAUUUCUCGGAUAUAUUUAUGAUCUCGCGGGAAGCGAUGCUUGAGGACCUAGAGAAAGUAUUCUUUGCCACCUUUUGAAAUAUUCUAUUCAGGGUGAUGUUGCAGCGACUUUGUGCAAGUUCUUUAUUCGGAGUAAACACAUAAGGCCAGCUGAUUGCUGCUCUGUCCUUCUGCGAACGGUAAGAUAAUUAUCUAUCAUUUCACUUGACGUAACAGUUCUGCGUCUUCACGCACUCCCAAUUGUCAUAUUUAAUGAACCAGUAGCCUCAUACAUAUUUUUAUAGCUUAAGCAGUACCUGCGCAACAUUCGAAGUUUAAGUUCCCCUACACCACCAUGGUAGUGCAGCUGCAGCUUCAACACACACAACCCGUGCUCUGAAGACAUCGUAUCCACUAAGCAUUACAUCGCCCUCAGAGAUUUAAAAGGCAAUUAGCUACACAAAAGUUGACUGAUAAACGAAAAGACACCACCAACGCUUUUGUUAUUUCCUUUACAGGAGCUUUUCGGGUUUAUUUGUGCCUCCAUUUAUUGUCCUGUGGUCUUUUUACCCACUUUAUUAGACAGUUACUGCCGUUUUCAGGUGGAUGCCUGGUUGGACGAUCUUGCUGAAGCAUCAGGAGGUGACCAGUAUACAAACCUACUUCGGCGAUGCAGCAAAUUAUUAACUGCCGACGAAUUUACUGUCUUCAUCCGUCUUAUCAAAAAGGACUUGCGAAUCUCGGCAGGUGCAAAACUAAUGUAAUUCCCGCUUAUUUGUGCGCGCGCCAAACCCUCGAUCGUCAUGCGCUUUCGUGUUGCAAAGUCGCACAUGUCAUUUCUCUCGUUACUCUGUCGAUUCCCCCGAUUUACUUGUCCGUGCCAACCCAAGUUUCUCGUGCUUGAUCUGAUGCCACGUGCUUUAUAAAGUGCCAUGUUGGCGAAAAUUAAUAGUUCUACCAACCUGUCGUCAUACCAACAAAAUUCUUAUCUCAGGCAAUAACUAAGACAAGUUGGUCGUUCACAAUGCGUUUCCAGCCGACCUUAUAUCGAUGCAGUAGUCAUAGAACGGACUAUUACCCAUUCCAUUCGGCCUAUUCCCAGUAGGAUAGUCAGGUUUUAGCUUGCAUAUUAUUUUAUUACUGCUAUAGGUUCACAUCCACUACCUACAGAUACUGGGAAUCUAAAUUUUCCGAACAGUUGCAGCAUACCCACUCCCUUGUGCUUUCGGUGGCAUUCAUAAUUACUUUUUUUGGUUCAUGUGGCCCUACGAAUGACUGCCUUUCCCUUUCGAUUGGGCUUUGGAAAGCUUCUUAGUGAACCAGAACCAUUAGACACACUAGGCGCACAGACGAAAAACUACGAGCCCGGACCUGCAUCGUUGGUUGGUGUUGACCACGUGCACUCAGGUCAUAAAUUAUCCACCACUAUGCAUAUAACCAAGUCGUUACCGUUGGUGAAGAGAGAAGACACAGCUGAAUGGUUCUGCUCCUUACCGACUACUUCCGUUCAUUGGAGACGCGUUCGGAAUGUUGAAACCGUCGCCUUCAUGAACUGACUGCUCAAUAUUAUCCUAAGUAUUCGAAUAUUCAACAGAGAGAAAGUGCUGAUCACCACAUUGCCGUCUCGGCCUAAAAGUCGAAUGGUAUCCCUCUUGGCUGCACGCAAGGGUACAACCUGAAACGCAUGAGCACGACCGUGGAAACCUUAGCAACAAUACCACGAAGACACAUGUCACGACAGUUCUUGCACAUACGUUUUUUUUCUUGAAAUUGACCUGCCGAUGACGUCCCUCUUGUCAACAGGCACAAAUUCAGUAUCCUCAAUCUUGAUCUGCAGGCCGCGUAAUCGAACUGCUAAUAAUACCCAGCGAAGUCCGUAGAUUUCCACUAGAAGACAGCCAUCGCCAUAUGAUUUGCUUCCCAGGGGUAAAUGGUAGGCUACAGUCGCUGCUGUGCCAGAAUGCCGGAACGUUUAGGGGACCAAGCGCUGCAUUAUGGUUGUCCCUGAUUACAGAAGUAGAUCGAUUACAGUUCGAGUCAGCCUCAAAAACGUCUGAACUCACCUAUCACCUUUGUUAUCUGAAACGUGUCCGAGAUCUCUCGGAUAGUCUUGCUGCAUAAUUUACUUCGGACCGCCGUGCUAUGCCUGUAGUAUCAGACCGUAAGUUUUUGAAGUUGGCGUGGUCGCGAGGGUGAGAAAUCCCCACACUAUCAGCCCUUGCAAUUGUUAGAUUAACACUUGAGCCAUUACGUUCUAAUCUUUGGAGCUGUUCCUUUCCGUCUGAAGGAUUCAGAGACACAACGGUCGUCAGUGCGAUGAAAUGCUUGGUAGCAGCCAUAAUGAAGCCCAUGAAAGGGAGGUGGUCCUUGAAAUAGCCAGACUUACAUCCAUUUCGAUCACACUGCUUCGGCUGGAUAAUGUCAUAGUUGUAGUUGAACCUCCAAUACCGUGACCUGAGACGCCCUCGCCGAUGAUUCCAACAGGGGGCAUUACAUGAGGGUCGAGUAUUAAACUUUUCCAGCCUGUUCGAGUGAGUAUGUUGUUCGUGUGCUUUUGGUUAUCGCCGUCAUUUGAGUGCUAAUUGACUAUACAUAGGUCCUUUGGAUUGUCGAAAAAAUAUAUCUUUAAGGACAAGUCAGUUCAGUCAAGCAGUAUUUAAUAGACGGCUUUCUACUGCAUACUAGCCAAGUUAUCGCUCUGCAAAUACGCCAUGUUUCCCCAUUUCGACAUUUCGGUCCUUGAAACCCCAGGAACUUAACACAUUGGGAAUAGUCCAUCUUUUAUCUACAGUUCGUCACGAGAAGUCUCCUCAAGUGUUAAACAUCACUUCUGACGUUAACUACAGUCUCCCAGACUUCCGGACUGUCAUCACUUCCAAGUGCCUAUCUGAAGCUUUACUGUGAUUGCUCUGGGCGAUUGCGGCACCAUGUUAACCCGUGCGUAACAAUUGGCACCGUCAGAAUUUCGUAUGAUAGCCGGUUUGUCAGACCCCAGUUCUUCUCAUCUUGAUGGAAUUGCUGGGGAUGGUACGCGACAAUCUAUCCACUGGACACGAGUCUGCUUAUCUCACAGCUAGUUCUCCUUGACGGUCACUCCACUAUCUACCAUCCCUAGAUGACCCGGUAAUCAGACCAACAGACGCACCCCCUCCACUCGAAAGACCGAUAUCACAGUAGCUUACUUGUCCCCUUUUGCUGAUAAUUUAGUCUGUAUACUUUUUUUCCUCUAGAGACCAAACAUCUUAUUUAUGUCUGGAGAAACUGAACCGUGCAGGAAACACACCCAAAACCUAACUCAUGUUCUCCCUUCCAUUUCAGUCUCUGUGGUCUCGACCCAAAGGCUUAUGAAGCGUUCCAGGCAUCACGGGACCUGGAGUUGGUGGUGAAAAAAUUAAAGGAAAGAAGUUUUCCCAACAGAGCGUCAACUUCUUCGGGCGGAAGGCCUAAGCUCUCUCGCCCCUUGUCUAUUAGCAUAAAACUCAUGACCCCGGUGCUGCCCAUGCUCGCCGAACCGUGUCGUUCUGCGGAGAUCGUCCUACAGAAGGGUCAUAAGGGAGGCGGCCUUCUUGUCGAAAUCAAAUACGAUGGUGAGCGCAUUCAGGUGCACAAGAAAGGAACUCAUUUUGCCUACUUUUCACGCAGCCUCAAACCCGUUCCCACACACAAGGUGCGUAUCUAAUGUGCUUGAAGACACUUUUAAGGAGAUAUUUUUACAUAUCGAAUGGAAACUAGGCUCGUGUUAGCUUUGACCCGCUUUUCUUGCAAUACGAGCUGCCGGUUUGUUCUUACUUGCUACAACCCAUUUAACUUCGUCGUAUUGUAGGUCAAGCACCUGAAGGAAUUCCUUCCAGUGGCCUUUCCAUCAGCCAACGAUCUAAUUAUCGAUUCCGAAGUGCUACUUUUAGACACGCAAACAAAAAAACCACUGCCGUUCGGCACACUGGGCGUUCAUAAAGUGAGUUAUCUUCGCAUUUCCCUUCUACCCACUACCCAUGCUUGUGGCUUUGGUAAACAUAGUUGCACUUUCAACGAUGCAUUUUGUGACUCGAGUUACUCCUCCCCGUCAUAUCGGCCGGUCUCCGUCGCGAGUUUUACUAGCCUCCUGAAUUUCAAGUACUUUCUGAGUGCAGUUACUUUCAUCCCGUCGGUUUGCCUUUCUUAUUUCGUCCGGAUUAUUGACAACUCCCCUGCGCCUCCAUCGUUUUUGUGUGUCGAACGAAGCUGAGAACUGCUACCCGUUGGCCGUGGGUUGAGUAUAUGCAAAGACACGUCUUUGCAUAUACCGAAGCCUAGCAUCGUCCUAAGAGAGAAUAACCGGCCUACAGUCGCUUGUGUCUGGAGUCCUGAACUACACCGUAACUAUCCCCUUGAAACGCCUUUUACUGAAGCCCAUUUUUCCAUUGGGGUCUCGUGGCUCAGUCACAUUUCGCAAGUACGAGUGGCUAGGGCGGUCGGGAACGUAAAAAUCACUUUUGCCAAACAUUUCCUACGCGUAAGAAGGGGAGUAAUUUAAAUGCUUGAGGCAGACAUUCUGUUUAGCUUGUUACUUUCGAGCAAGUGUUUAAGAGUCUAACCCUCACUAUACAUUCAAUUUAUAACGAAUUUCUGUGCUUUUCCAGCGAACUGCUUUCAAGGAUGCCACCGUGUGCCUUUUCGUUUUCGACUGCCUUUACUUCAAUGGAAGGAGUCUCCUCAACGAGUGAGCUUGCUGCCUUGUUGACCAGUUUGUAAUUAUUAAGCCACUGUUGGCCAUGCCGCGUGACCAGUAGUCAGGCGAAAAAGAGGGCAUGCCUUUUUUCGUGUCCAGCAGUUAUUGAUACUAAGGGAACAAAGACUCUACAAACCAGAUUUCCCGUGCAUUUUCGCAAGUAAAAAAAUGAGAGAUAAAAUUUCUUCUUAACUUCGCUGGGGAAGUGAACCAGCAUCCAGGCGAUGGCAAAGAUCGGCAGAUGACAUGCUUGAUCUCACUGGCCCUACUCUUAUAAAUUAUUCUAAAUAAUCAGCCUCUUGGCAUUUUCUAAGCUCCUCCUUCUUGCAAUGCUUUUGCACAGCGUUUUGCCUUAUAUUGUGCAUUUUCUGAUUGCCUGAGGCUGUUAAUUAUUUUUAGAAACCUUGUACUGUCGCCCGAAGGUCUUUAGUUUGCCAAACUUUCUAUCCUGCUGAUGUACCUUUCGUCUAUCUAAUGUUUGCCUCCCCAGUAGCUGUAGCACAUGUCCUAUAGUCGAAAUGUGAUUGCGUCAUUUAUUGUGCUGUCGCUACAGACCCAUCCGCAAGCGGCGCGAAAUCUUGGAAGCCAACAUGACAGUUGUUCCGGACCGCAUACUACUGUCUGAAAAACAUGAUGUUUCGGUGAGUGUCCUCUGACCGUUUUCUGGUUUUGCCUCAUCGGUACCAGUCACUUAUUAAAAGAAACCCUACUCCUAGCUAACGUGAUUAUUUUGGCAGUUCGUUGCAGCAGUUUCCAUGUUAGCCUUUGUCACCCCCUUUAGACCGGUCAGCAGCUCAAUCGCCAAUGGCAGAAUCCUGUUUUUUUACUUGUGGUCUGUGACAAACUUUUAGACGGUCGGCGUAGCCUAAAGUACAACCUUCUCUCACCCUUCUUAGGGCGUCCACUCUCAUCUUAGUCUACAUUUUGUGCCCCUUGCUGUGCAUCCGCGGUUAUUGUGGUGUUACCUUUUCACAGUUGGGUCAUAGGGAAUCCUUUCCUUCUAUCUCAUUCACCCCUUCCAUGGCUACUAAAAUGUGUGGGUCGAUCCGGGCCUCGUCUCUAGUGAUGUUUCCACUUAACCAUGGAAAUCAUUGCACACUUGGGCCCUUCAGUGUCCAGACGCAGUUAAACUGUCUCCUUUUGUCAAACCAGUAAAACAACGACCUCAUUAGCAAAUAAAGGAAUGUGCAGCCGACGACAGUUGUGACCCGAUCGAUCUUUAUUAUUGCCGAUUCCCGAACGGUUUGCUGGCUGCAAAAUCGUAUGCUGCGGAUACCUACACGGCUUACUGCAUGUUUAGCUCCGUUUAUUGAAUCUGGCGCAGGGAAGAAAAAGAACGCAAACGGCAGGGGAGAGCUGCUAGCGAACGAAAACGUCCCCCCCCCCUUGAUUUCGCUCCAGAUGACUUCAGGUAUCCAGUUAUGGGCCUUGAUAUUUCCUUCCUAGUUGACUACAAAGCAUGCCGAACAUAGCCUUUACGGGAGAAUCUCUGAAGUGGUUACUUAUCCGUCUUCCUAACUGAGAUACGGCUCCUUCCGCGAGAGCUUUAUUCCUCAAGAGCUUGCCUUUAUUUCCAAGUUGUGUGCUUCUGUUUUCCACGAUCUGGCACGCAGAGCCAUCUGGAUGACUAGACCUCGGUCAUUAUUUUCCCACCAUUCUCAAAAUGUUUACUGUUCAGUAACGGAAGGGUGGACCUUGGGUGUAGGAGUAAACAGAAUCUGGAUGUAGCACGGGGUAAAUAUACGCCUAUAUUUCGAAAUAUAUAAGUUUUCAAUGGAAGACAUCAGCAUCAUCGUUCGCAGGUGAACAGUGCGGAUUUCGUCAUGAUUGAGCCCAACGGGCAAGUCGAACACUCUUCUUUGUCUUCAGAGGGGGAAAGCGAUGUCUAUUGACGUCCUCAUUAAGUAGUACGAGUACACACGGGUGGAAAUUCGGUCUCAGCUGCCUAAACAGUCAGUUUCUUGUGGUAAGACGGAUUUCCAUUGGUAACUAGAGAGGGAGAAGCAGUUGUUUAGUUUCAGAAGUCCGCCGUUCUCGUCGCGACCUUAAGCAAUGAUUUGAAGAUUUAUUCCUUGCUUGACUAAAGCACCACCACUGCCCUAUCUGAUGUUUUGAGCAGGAUUUCUCCGAAAUUUCAACCAUAUUUGCGUCUAGUAUGCCAAACUUUGCAGUAUAUCAGGUGCAUCACUCAGAUCCGGACUCGGAUCCUUGACUUUCAGUAUCCAGUCAUAACAUUAAUUAGCCCCGUCUGUAGUCCGUUAGUUGCUAAAUUUUAUUUGCCUCGAAAAAGGUUUUGUCUGACAGUAAAAUCGGCAGACUCUUAUGAUGCUCCAUUGCCAGUUUUACAUUUGGGCCUGCUUCUCCCGAGCUAGUUCCAUGCUUCGCCGUUGUCGGAAUUCUUUCUCAGGGCCGACUUCAUUUGCCUCGUAUCCUAUUUCAUUUGCAGCCUCUGCGACAGCUCACGAAUCCAGAACUCCACAUGAAGGUAUUUCCUGCUGCCGAUGGCCCGCCAUUAAUGUAUGCACUGGGUCGCUUGAACUGUGACUGGGUUUAGUUUCCACGCCGGUCGUGGUUGGCAGAUGGGGCUGUUUUGGUUAGCAACCUCAAGAAACAUCCUCCUCCUUCAUCCCGUUAACUUUUGCAGUGUAAAGUGGUCGAACGUGGGGCUGCAACCUUCGAUCUUGCUACCUAAUUCUACCCGUUUCUACCUCGUUUCACAGACAAAAGACGACCUGAACACGCUGAUGGCCCAUGUCUUCUCUGAGGGCCUUGAGGGCCUGGUUCUCAAACCACUUGACGUAAGAGUGUGCUGCAUUUACUUCUGUUUGGUGCUUUCGGCGUGCCGUGACCUGACGACCAUUUUUCCACAUGCCCAUUUAGAGUGUUUACGAGCCCGGCAAACGCCACUGGAUGAAAAUCAAGAAGGACUAUCUUGGUGAGGGCUCUAUGGCAGAUUCAGCUGAUCUCAUCGUCCUUGGCGCCUACUUUGGGACUGGCAAUAAGGGUGAGUGCCCUCCCCUAUAGAAAACUUGCGAAAUGUCUUCGCGGGCGAGAUGUCAAUGACACUUCAAGCAGCUUUGGAAUUAGAUAAUAUCUUCCCCCGUAGAAUGCACACCGAAUGGAUAGGAAAAGAGAGAGAGGAGGGUGUAAGUCCAACUCCAGAUCGAUACGAAAGACAUCGCAAGGGGUUUAAUGCAACUGCGGCAUCAGCGAGCCUUGUCUUUUUUGGGGCAUAGGAGGGUUGUAUCAGAAACCUCAACGGACGCCUUAUUGCAUAUUGGACUGCAACCUAACGGAUUCGUCCGAAGCCCAAUUUGGAUAAGAUGAGGUCAGCACUCGGACAAACUGCGGCAGAGCUCUUGAAAGGGCUGAAAUUUCUUUCCGGCGGGCCAAAUCGAUUCCGGAACCUUGCACAUAAUUAUUUUGAAAAUCUAGCGAGGAAAAGGGGCGCCUGGCGCUCCUAAAUCUCACGGUCGGUAGGUGUUUAAAACAAUGAGAAAUUCGGACUUGUAUUGUUGCUACUAUUUUCGAUUCGGUAGGUUGGAUUAAUGAGGCUCACCGUCUUUGCGCUUUUGGGUCGGAGUCCCUACACGCAACAUUUCAAUCACAAGCAUCCUCUUUACGACGUGCCAUUCUUCCCAACCUAGAAGCGUCCCAAUGCUUUCAAUGUUAAGGCAAGCACAUUUUAGACCGACGCAUCUUCUCCCGGCCACCAUCGUUAUCUAUUUGGUGGAGUGGUGUUACGAUUUUGGGUUGACGCACUACCCGACGUGUUGCCCUCAUCCUGCGUUCGGCAUGUCCCAACUCCUAACCAUUUGUUUUAGUGCUGACAUGCAACGUUGGAUCAAUUUUGGAUCGGCACCUUUCUAGCCCAGUUACCACCGUCGUCCGUCUGGAAUGGUGUUCUUACACAUUACUAGUGGUUUUGCAGUCUGGGUCUCCUUAAUACAGCCCUUAUAACAUUUCCCACUCCUACGGCAUCCUGGCCUGUUAUACGCAAAAUACUGCGUCAGUGAGAUUUAGAUACUAAUGAGUAUGGGUCAUUAUCUCGAAUUAAUUCAUAGCAGGAGCAUUCUGGCCUUUGAUCAUGUACCAUUCGAGUCACCGGCGUAAAUCAGAUUUCGGAAAGAGCUCCGGUCACCCAGAGCUCAUUUUGUUAGAAUUGCGUCUUCUUUGAAUUGUAUGUUUGGGUAAAGGGGUUAUUUAGGUCUUGAAAAAUGUUUACCGAUUGCGUAACUGGCAGUUAUUUGAUGUUUCGGACUACGGGCAAUCAUGACGUUCGCUAUUUCCUCAACUUUGUAGCAUCAAAAUGACUGCUGCUUAAUUUUUUUCCUAGAGAAUGACAAAUUCAGUCUAAGCAGUUUACUAAUUACUGUAUAUUUUUAGGCAGUUAGCGUUUUCCCUUAGACGGUAACUUGCGAAACACCAUGCUAAAUCUUUUCUAUAGGGUAUGUUCGAUUAACUGUUCAUUUGCCUAUGAUUUGCCCUCCUGGUACUCAAAGUGCCGCUAUACAUAGUUGAGCUAUUCGGUAUAAUUAGUAAACCUGGAACACAGAAAUAAUCAUCCCUGUCUUCAAAACUCCCAUGAUCACAAACUGUCUGCAAAUAGAACAGAGGCACAAUUUUUCACUGACAUUCGAUUACACCGAUCCCGUCCUGGAUUCCUGCCGAAAGUCAUUUCAGUCCUUCGGUCGUUUCUGUGAGACGUGCCUGCUACAGCCCUGCACAGACCCCUUAGCUAAAUUCCGACGGGCAGCCAAUAUGCUUGUCAUCCUUUCAGUUCUGUCUCCCGAAAUUCUGACCGGGAGCAAUCACCGGCCCGAUUUAUCGGAGUGGUGUUACUAAAAUUUGGAAUAAAUGUUCCAUGAUGCAUUAAAUCUGCUUUAUGCCCCGACUUUUGGCCCGAAUAACUGUCUGACGCAAUUAACCUCCUUGACUGGAGUUCAGCAUCUGCGGGAAUCGAAAAAAAUGCAUAGUGCAGGCCAUUUAGGUAGGUUCUUUUGGUCGGGCCAUAAUUUAGCUGAUAACUGAACAUACCCUCUAUCGUAAGCCCGUCUGCCGCUCUAUAAGAAUUGACUCGCGUUUAUCUUCCCUAGUUAUAGGUUUCACGAUACCACAUGAGCAAGCUUUUCCGUUUUGGGAUCAUAUAGAUAGGUUUUGGUCAAUGUUUAUGCGCUUUGAUGCAUGUCGCAGGUCUGCGAAGACGUGAUCAGGAAUUUUAAUACGGUCAGUAAACAAGCGUUCUGGGAAAUCUUGACAAGGCUGCGUGUCCCUUCAUUUUCACGCAUCCCUGCCACGGCUAAUUUGUCUACCUUUUCGAAUGCAGAAAAGCCUGCGUAGUCCCGCUGUGUGCAAACAGCAUAGCUCAAGGAUACAUGCUAGCUCUCGUGUUCAUCAUGCUUUUAUUUAACCGUGUUCUUUCCAGUUCAUAUAGGCCUUUUGUGCUCACACCAUGACUGAAUUACGGGUCCGACAGGUUGAUUAUCGUGCUAAAUUACGACCUCGAAACGUCAAUAUUAGGUCAUUCGGGACUGGCGUGCUCCAGGUCAUCUUAGCACUAAGACGGAACUGUGUAUUUCUGUUCUGCCUGGCAGCUGGGGCCCACAGCCUGCACAGACGGUCACCUGGCGACCAGCAAUGAAUAAUUAAGAAGUUUUGCCGACGAGGACAUGCCUUCGGAGUGACCUUUUUUAGUUUAGUUGCCAGUACUGCCGAACAUCAGGCUGCAAGUUCGAGGUCUUAAAUAAACCAGAACUGGCCUAUCGUUUGUUGACAAAAAUGAUCUCUAAUGUGAAUUGUAUUUAGUUUAUUUGCUGUUCCAGGAAAUAUUUUCCCCUCCUCACACCAGUAGGUAUUUUCCGCAACUUUUACUGCGUAGUUCUGUUCCCCUCUCUCACCUGGGCUGUUCGGUUCUAAUCAGAAGCCUUGCUCACCGAUUGUUGUCUGGAAAACUCUCUUUUUGCAGGUGGUCUGAUGUCGGUCUUCCUUAUGGGUGCCUACGAUCCGAACAGUGGACAGUUCUGCACAGUCACCAAAUGCGGAAACGGUCUCGACGACAGAACUUUGCUCAGGCUACAAAAAGAAUUCAAAAUGAUCAAAAUAUCUAAAGUUUGUUUGCAUAUUUUUUGCAUCCCUACUACUUUAACCUUUAGGAUUAUUACAAAGUACCCCGCUGGUUGAAUGUCUCGCGAUCUCUGGUACCGGACUUUGUCGUUGCUGAUCCCAAGGUCAGUGCAUUCGUCCAUGCCAUUGCCCCCUACAAUGCUGUACACCACUAAUUUCUGACAUAACUGUUUUGGCCUAUCUCCUCUUCAGUUCUUAGCGGUUUGUCAGCUUCGCCUACUCUUCAUCUUCAGUGGGGUCAGGAGGUUUGAGCUGAUUCGUAGCACCGAAACAGCCUUACUUACACCAAACCCGCUUAUUUUUUCGGUAUUGAGCUCGGCUUGAUUGGAAUUUGACGCGGUCCGACAUUUCUAACAAAUAAGGUACUUUAUUAAGGUGAUGUAUUUGAAGUUGGAAAUUCACGCCGCAUACGGUGUCACCGUUUCAAGCCUGAGGAAUUCGACUACCAGGCUUUAGAGAUCGUUACCGCAUCUCCCAAGAAAACAGUGUUGCUCCUGUGCCACCCACAAGUUCGCGUGGAAAUGUAUUUACUUUUGGGCAGUACGAUGAGGGCGAGGUGUUAUCGACAAAGACAGGAACGUUGGAAAGGUCAUUUUGGCUUAUUAGCCGUCUUCGCUAUGCCACCACCUACGUAGACUAUCGGUCCUCGGCUGUAAGAUAAAACCGGGUCUUUGGCAUUCUGCUUCCCAAACAGGAGGCAUCGGUGCCCUCCGCUGUCAUGUGACCUUGAGAUGGCCUGACUCACUAUCCGACUUUCAACAAGUGACGCAAGCAUCCCGGGCUUACCCAGAUCCUCUGUUCCUACUUAAAACCGUCAUUUUGUCUAGCCAAUUGCUUCACUUCUUGAGUUCUCUUUUUGUUUCAUAACUGCCUUUAUGGCUCCUUUAAAUAUAGUUUCUCCUGAGCGAUACAGAAUGCACCUUGACUCACUUUUGCUCUGAAUGUUUCAGUGGGAGUGCAGUGCUUGAGUCCUUCACCCUUCUGUCUCCAUUCUACUAUAGCAAUCCCAGGUCUGGGAAAUCACCGGAACAGAGUUCACUCGAGCUGGAGAUCACACCGCUGGGGCUGACGAUACCGGUGCAAAAGGAAUUUCCAUUCGUUUUCCCCGGGUCACCAAGCUUCGCGCCGACAAAUCAUGGAAAGAGGCUACCGAUGUGGUGCGUCUAGAGGCCUUGAUGCAGACCUCUGCCUCGUUCUCUGAUUGGAUUGAGAAGCUUGACAGUCUCUCUCUGCCGAAAACCGGCAAACGUCCAGCCUCCUCCAACUCCACCGACCCUACCCCGCGCAAGGCAGGUUUUGCCACCUCCUGAUGUUAGAUAAAAUUGUCAAUCCUAGGGUAAGAUUCUUUGUACUGAAUUCACUUCCGUGAUGUUUUGCUCCACCCAUUUAGAAGCCCCUUCUGAAACGUAUACCUCCGCCAACUGAAAUGACGUUCAACCAUCUUCGCUCCAUUUUUGAGGGGUUUGCCAUCUCCGUGUCCCUAGAGGUAUCCAGCCAGCCGGAGUUUAACAUGCUUCGCCGCAGGUUAAUAGCCUGUGGCGCCACACUCUCAUUGUCUGAAGACAGCGACUCCACCGACAAACCCUGUACACAUGUCAUCGUAGCGGAUGGCCAGCAGCUUCCACAGGUGAUUUUUUCGUUUAUCGAAGAUUACUCGACACGUUACUUCUUGCCAAAGCUGAUCCACAGAGAGGGCUUCCCUUUACAUUAACUGAACGAGUUGAAAAAGUCUCUCAAAAAGUGAGCGAUUGUUUGCUGGCUCGCUAUUCUUUUAUCUCACGCUACUGUUUUUCUGCCUUAGAAUCUCAAACAAACUCCGAUCACAGUGGACUGGAUCAACCAAUCGAUAUGGCAGUCCAAAUUGUUGCCGUUGCCUGUCUUUUCAUGA